GGUGGAGAGGUAUGGCAGGGGGUUGCGAGGCUGGUGAGAGGAUGGCCUUCGGGAGAUGACCAGAGACUGUCUCUUUAAGAGAAAAUUCAACGCGUCCCGCCUCAGACUGCUUCCAUUGGUUACUUCUGCUAUUUACUUUCUCUUUUAAGCCGAGAUCUCAGAGUGCUUCAGUCCCAUUGGCUACUCCGUGAUGGAGAGGCGGGGAUGGACGUUACACCCAGGGAUGACAGAUAAAUUUUUAGUCCCUGCUGGUUGGCGAGUUUGGGUAUUUUUCCACCUCCACAAUCCCCUCCCCCUUGCUCCCAGCCUUCACGGACUGCCUUUCGGCUGGUCCCGGAGCCAGAUGAGGGAGUCCAGGAGGGGCCGAGCUUCCCCAGACGCGACCGCGACUUCCGCGUUUCGGUGUCCGCCAGGGUUACCGCAAAGGCAAGAUGGCGGACGGGGACACUAGCAACACCACGCUAGCCCCCUCCCCUCUGCCCAACAUCACCAGCCCGCACCGGUGUUUGCUUCUGCUCUAUGAGGAUAUCGGCACCUCCCGGGUGCGGUACUGGGACCUCGUGCUGCUAAUCCCCAAUGUGCUGUUCUUCACUUUCCUGCUCUGGAAGCUGCCAUCGGCUCGUGCCAAGAUACGUAUCACCUCCAGUCCCAUCUUUACCACUUUCUAUAUCCUGGUGUUUGUGGUGGCUCUGGUGGGCAUAGCCAGGGCCGUGGUCUCUAUGACAGUCAGUACUUCCGAUGCAGCAACAGUGGCUGAUAAGAUUUUAUGGGAAAUCACUCGCUUCUUCCUUCUGGCCAUUGAACUGAGUGUGAUCAUUCUGGGCCUCGCCUUUGGUCACCUGGAGAGUAAAUCCAGCAUCAAACGAGUCUUGGCCAUCACCACGGUUCUGUCCCUGGCCUACUCGGCCACUCAGGGGACCUUGGAGAUCCUGUACCCGGAUUCCCACCUCUCCGCCGAUGACUUCAAUAUCUAUGGGCACGGUGGCCGCCACUUCUGGCUCGCCAGCUCCUGCUUCUUCUUCCUGGUUUACUCUCUGGUGGUCAUUCUCCCCAGGACGCCUCUGAAGGAUCGGAUCUCGCUGCCAUCCCGGAGGAGCUUCUAUAUUUAUGCUGGGAUCUUGGCCCUGCUGAACCUGGUCCAAGGCCUGGGCAGUGCCCUGCUCUGUGUGGACAUCAUCGAGGGCCUCUGCUGUGUGGACGUGACCACCUUCCUCUACUUCAGCUUCUUUGCCCCCCUCAUCUAUGUGGCCUUCCUCAAGGGCUUCUUUGGGGCCGAGCCCAAGAUCCUGUUCUCAUACAAAUGCCAAGUGGAUGAGGCAGAGGAGCCCGACGUGCACCUGCCCCACCCGUACGCCGUGGCCCGCCGGGAGGGCCUUGAUGUGCCCGUGGGCUCCUACUCCAACACGCAGAUCGACACGGCCGCCUACCUGGACGACGUGGCCUCCAUGCCCUGCCACGUGGGCAGCAUCAACAGCACCGACAGCGAGCGCUGGAAGGCCAUCAACGCCUGAGCCCUCUUGGGCUUCUGUCCCCUCUCCUCCAGAAAGGGUGGGGUCCAGCAGAGGGUGGGCUUUACCUCUGGACUCCCCAGCUCCUUCCUCACUGAGACCAGCCUAACCCCAGUUGCAGGCAUCAAGCCCCAGAGCUGAUCACCCACUCCCUGUCUUGGCCAAAGCAGCUAGGGAGGUGCCCGGGAGAGGAGGGAGGCCAGGCCGAAGGAUGCCCAAAGGCAGGGGCAGGGCCGGGUGGCACAGGACCCUAAGUGUAAUGUCUCCGUGCCAGCCCGAAGGAGCCGGGGUGUUUGGGAAGCCUUGCUUGGGUGACGGAUGGGGGGCAGGAGAUUGGGAGAGGGCAGACUCAGGCACAGCGCAGGGGCCCCGAAGUAGAGGGCAGAGGCCCGGAGGAAGGCUAGGACAGAGCUGGCCAGAUGAAGAGGAGAAAGAAGGCAGCUGGAAGUGGGGGCCAUCUGGGAGAGAAGCCCGCGCCAUGGGAGCUCGAGCCUUCUGGGAAUGGGCCGAGGCGGCGGCCGCUUGUGUGUCAGAGUCUAAGCUGGCUCCCUCUUUGGGGCAAGUCUCCCCAUGCUGCUAAUCCCGGGGCCGCUGGGCGGUGAGCCUCCCAGAGCCAGACAGAGCGGGCCCGGGGCAGGGAGGGGGGCUGUGUUGUGAGGAGCUUCUUGGUCUCUUUUCCUCCUGCCUUUGAGAGAAGCAUCUACCCAACCCUUGACCCAGAGGCGCUCGUGGGAGCGUGUGUGUGAGUGUGCGUGUGAGUGUGCGUGUGUGUGUGCGUGUGUGUGUGUGUGUAUGUGUGUGGUAGUGGGGCUGGGGUCCUGGCCUUCAGGCCCUGCAUGGGCCUCCCCUCUCCCCUGCUCUGCCCUUUGCACGGUGCUGAGGGGACACCUGGGGCCUGGGUGAGAGAAGAGGCGCUUGGGAGAGCCUUGCUUGGGCCUGAGAGUUGAGCCUGACUUGGGAAACGCGGGCCCUCUCCUGGCCGGGCCUUGUGCUGAGGUCAGGUGGGGAGGGCGCCAGGCUGGCUCUGCCCUCUGAAGGGCAGCUUUCCCACCUCCCUUUGCCCUCCCCACCAGCCCUGGUUAAGAGCCCUGAGGCCCACAGACCCAGCUCUGUCUCUUCUCCCCAGGCAUGGAGGUGGCAGCUCAGCCUCAGCCCCGGGGGACCAUCUUCCCAAGGAAGCUCCCCCCCCCCCCGCCCCCCGCCUCCCGUGAGCCUCUUCCCCAAGUCUUCUUCCCUUACUGUCUGCCCCAUCAUUUGGGCAGAAGGAUCUCUAAGUUGUGCACAUUUUGCUGUUCUCCCUUUGUUUUUAAAAGAAGAAUUAAGAAUAAGGGGGAAAAAGUC